UUCUCACACGGUCUUGCCUGUUACCCAAGCCUUUUUCUCCGUUUGCUUUUAUAACUUUAUAUCAAAAUACCUAAACUACCCUCCUCCACACUAAACUCCCCCAAGCGCCUUCCCAUUCACCCAGGUUUUCUUUUCCUUUUUUUCCUCGUCCCUUGUUGCAGAGCCCGUUGUUUCUCUCUCUUCUCCCCUUCUUCAGAUUCGUCAAUCGGACGAUCCAUUUGCCUCCGCCAUGACUCUCAUGACUCCUGCGCCAUUGGAUCAAGAAGAUGAGGAGAUGCUCGUUCCCCAUUCGGAUUUAGUCGAAGGUCCUCAGCCCAUGGAAGUGGUGGCGCAAGCAGAUGCUAGUAGUGCUGUGGAGAAUCAGCCCGUGGAGGAUCCUCAGACAUCUAGAUUCACAUGGACAAUUGAGAACUUUUCUAGGUUGAACACCAAGAAGCACUAUUCCGAGAUAUUCGUCGUUGGUGGUUUUAAAUGGCGGGUGCUUAUUUUUCCAAAAGGAAACAACGUAGACCACUUGUCAAUGUAUUUAGAUGUUGCAGAUUCUGCAACCUUACCAUAUGGGUGGAGUCGUUACGCACAAUUCAGCUUGUCUGUUGUUAAUCAGAUUCAUAACAAAUACUCAAUAAGAAAGGACACACAGCACCAAUUCAAUGCGAGAGAGAGUGAUUGGGGCUUCACAUCAUUCAUGCCCCUCAGCGAUCUUUAUGACCCUGGUAGAGGGUACCUUGUGAAUGAUACAUGUAUAAUUGAAGCUGAGGUUGCUGUUCGUAAGAUUCUAGAUUACUGGACUUAUGAUUCAAAAAAGGAGACUGGUUUUGUUGGACUGAAGAACCAAGGGGCUACUUGUUACAUGAAUUCUCUCUUACAAACUCUCUACCAUAUUCCUUAUUUCAGAAAGGCUGUGUACCAUAUGCCAACUACAGAGAAUGAUAUGCCUUCAGGAAGCAUUCCAUUGGCUCUGCAGAGUUUAUUUUAUAAGCUCCAGUAUAAUGACAACAGUGUUGCAACUAAGGAAUUGACGAAGUCCUUUGGAUGGGACACAUAUGAUUCUUUUAUGCAGCAUGAUGUGCAAGAACUUAAUAGAGUUUUAUGUGAAAAGCUUGAGGAUAAGAUGAAGGGAACUGUAGUGGAGGGGACAAUACAGCAGUUGUUUGAAGGGCACCAUAUGAACUACAUUGAGUGCAUCAAUGUGGACUACAAAUCUACAAGAAAGGAAUCAUUUUAUGACCUACAACUUGAUGUAAAAGGAUGCCGGGAUGUUUAUGCUUCUUUUGACAAGUAUGUAGAAGUUGAACGUCUUGAAGGUGAUAACAGAUACCAAGCUGAGAAUCAUGGUUUACAGGAUGCUAAGAAGGGUGUCUUAUUUAUUGACUUCCCACCAGUUCUUCAACUUCAGCUAAAGCGGUUUGAGUAUGACUUCAUGCGGGACACUAUGGUGAAGAUAAAUGACCGUUAUGAAUUCCCUCUUCAACUUGACCUUGAUAGAGAGAAUGGAAAAUAUUUGUCACCUGACGCAGAUAGGAGUGUUCGCAACCUUUACACACUUCACAGUGUUUUGGUUCAUAGCGGUGGUGUGCAUGGUGGACAUUAUUAUGCUUUUAUCAGGCCGACCCUUUCUGAUCAGUGGUUCAAAUUUGAUGAUGAGCGGGUAACCAAAGAAGAUACUAGGAGGGCAUUGGAGGAACAGUAUGGUGGCGAGGAAGAGUUGCCACAGACAAACCCUGGAUUCAACAACACUCCAUUUAAAUUCACGAAAUACUCAAAUGCAUACAUGCUUGUGUAUAUACGUGAAAGUGACAAGGAGAAAAUCAUUUGUAAUGUGGAUGAGAAGGACAUUGCUGAACACCUUAGGAUAAGGUUGAAGAAAGAACAAGAAGAGAAGGAGGAUAAGAGAAAAUAUAAAGCACAAGCCCACCUUUUUACUAUUAUAAAGGUUGCACGGGAUGAAGACCUUGCAGAGCAAAUUGGAAAGGAUAUAUAUUUUGAUCUUGUGGAUCAUGACAAAGUCCGCAGUUUUCGCAUUCAGAAACAGUGGCCUUUUACCCUUUUCAAGGAGGAAGUGGCCAAAGAGUUUGGUAUUCCAGUCCAAUAUCAACGAUUUUGGAUUUGGGCGAAGCGGCAAAACCAUACUUAUCGUCCCAAUAGACCAUUGACACCCCAAGAGGAAGCACAGUCUGUUGGGCAGUUGAGGGAGGUAUCAACUAAAGUGAACAAUGCAGAACUAAAGUUGUUUUUGGAAGUUGAACUUGGGCCGGAUCUGCGUCCUAUUCCUCCACCUGAAAAAACUAAAGAAGAUAUUCUGCUUUUCUUCAAGCUUUAUGACCCUGAGAAAGAAGAGCUCCGAUAUGUUGGUAGACUUUUUGUGAAGAGUUCUGGUAAACCAAUAGAGAUUCUAACAAAACUAAAUGAAAUGGCUGGAUUUGCUCCUGAUGAAGAGAUUGAACUCUAUGAGGAAAUAAAAUUUGAGCCUUGUGUCAUGUGUGAACACCUCGCUAAGAGGACAUCAUUUCGAUUUAGCCAGAUUGAAGAUGGGGACAUCAUUUGCUUCCAGAAAUCUGCUCCUCCUGAAAGUGAAGAACAAUGCCGGUAUUCUGAUGUCACUUCAUUUUUGGAAUAUGUGCAAAAUCGUCAGGUUGUGCAUUUUCGAGCUUUGGAGAGACCUAAGGAGGAUGAUUUCUGUCUAGAGUUGUCAAAGCUACACAAUUAUGAUGAUGUUGUGGAAAGAGUGGCUCGUAGACUUGGUUUGGAUGAUCCAUCCAAAAUCAGACUUACAUCUCACAACUGCUAUUCCCAGCAACCUAAGCCCCAACCAAUUAAAUAUCGAGGUGUAGAGCAUUUGUCAGACAUGCUUGUGCAUUACAAUCAGAGUUCUGAUAUUUUAUAUUAUGAAGUUCUAGACAUCCCUCUUCCAGAAUUGCAAGGUCUGAAAAAUCUGAAAGUUGCUUUUCAUCAUGCUACAAAGGAUGAUGUGAUAAUUCACAAUAUUAGAUUGCCUAAACAGAGUACUGUUGGAGAUGUGAUUAAUGAACUUAAGACAAAGGUUGAGUUGUCUCAUCCAAAUGCAGAACUUAGACUGCUUGAAGUUUUCUAUCACAAGAUUUAUAAGAUCUUUCCACCCAGUGAAAAAAUCGAGAAUAUAAAUGACCAAUACUGGACACUCCGUGCAGAGGAGAUUCCAGAAGAAGAGAAGAAUCUUGGUCCCCAUGAUCGCUUGAUUCAUGUUUACCACUUCACAAAGGAGACUGUACAGAAUCAGAUGCAAGUACAAAAUUUUGGUGAACCCUUUUUCUUGAUCAUCCAUGAAGGCGAAACUCUUGCUGAAGUUAAAGAGCGCAUACAAAAGAAAUUGCAGGUUCCGGAUGAGGAGUUUUCAAAGUGGAAGUUUGCUUUUCUAUCACUGGGUCGUCCAGAGUACCUGCAGGAUUCUGACAUUGUGUCCAGCCGUUUUCAGAGAAGAGAUGUUUAUGGUGCUUGGGAACAGUACCUUGGGCUGGAGCACUCUGAUACUGCUCCUAAAAGGGCUUAUGCAGCAAAUCAGAACCGCCACACAUUUGAGAAGCCGGUUAAAAUAUACAACUAGAAAAGGAUUGAUGAAACCUCCUUCAGUGCAUGACUGAACCCGAUAUUUUCUGAGUGACACAUACAAUGUGAAAAGGGAAAAGGAUGAAUGGACAACAACAGAUUGGAACACAACAAAAGCAGCUUGCUUUCACAAGGUUUCUGUAGGGUUUGGUUGAUUGUUGGUUUUGUAGGGCAUAUAAUUUUUUUUUUCCCGUGAUGUGGGUGGGGGGGGAGAGGGGAGGUCUUCUCCCAAAUGUGGUCAUUCAACCCUGAGCUUUUCCUUGUCCUUUGCUCUUUCUUGAUGAGAGGGUUAGUGGGUUUCCAUUUUCCGGUUCCAGUGUAAUCUAGCAGUACAUAAAGAAGAUUUUGGAUAAGGGAUGUAUACCGGGUAUAGUGGGGGUACCUUUUUACAAUCAUUCUUUUUUCCUUUGUAGUUCUUUUUCCCCUCCUUGUCUCCUAAUUGGUCCGGAUUUUCAUUUGAUGUUUUAUUAGGGGAUGGGGGUUUGUAUAAUGGUUGGAUGAAAGGUCACAUUCUAAUCUUGUGUAAAAGGUACAACUGCCAAGCCCAGAUUGGUUUUCUACGAGGUUUCUCUUUAGUUAAAUUAUUGUUUCAAGGUCUA